UCGAGGGUGACUGCUGGAAGCGGAGCCAGGCUGACUGAUCCCGGAUUGAGAGGAAGCCACGGCAGCCCCAGAAGGAGCGGUCCGCCGGGGUCGGCAGGGCCCGGAUCACCGGCCGUGUGUCCGCCUUCCGCAGGUGUCCCCCAGCCAGUAGGGAUGCAGGCGCUGGACCAGGCCGAGGGGCCCACGGCCUUGCAGAGAGAGAUACCACUGCCCCCGCCUCCUUCACCGCCCUCAGAGACAGCUCAGAAGCCACCACCUCGAGGCGCCAGGAGCCCCUCCCUCGCUGUCAGGAGCAGCCUGUGCCUGCUGGCUGCCUCCCAGUUCCUGCUCGCCUGCGGGAUGCUCUGGCUCAGCGGCUACGGCCCCAUCUGGUCGCAAAAUGCCACAGACCUCAUCUCCUCCGUGAUCACACUCCUGGAGCAGCUGGGACCCUCGGCCUGGCUGGCUGUUGGGACCUGGGACGUCCCUAAUCUGCUGCUGGUCUCUCUGUCCGUGGUCCUCAUCACCACCUUGGUGUGGCACCUCCUGAGGAAUCCCCCAGAGCCACCCACCCCGCUGCCCCCCGAGGACAGGCGCCAGUCGGUGAGCCGUCAGCCCUCUUUCACCUACUCUGAGUGGAUGGAGGAGAAGGUCGAGGAUGACUUCCUGGACCUGGACCCUGUCCCUGAGACACCUGUGUUUGACUGCGUGAUGGACAUCAAGCUUGAGGCCGACCCUGCCUCACUGACUGUCAAGGCCAUGGGUCUGCAGGAGAGGAGGGGCUCCAACGUCUCCCUGACCCUGGACAUGUGCACCCCGGGCUGCAAUGAGGAGGGGUUCGGCUAUCUCAUGUCCCCACGCGAGGAGUUGGCCCGCGAGUACCUGCUCAGUGCCUCCCGCGUCCUCCAGGCCGAAGAGCUUCACGAGAAGGCCCUGGACCCCUUCCUGCUUCAGGCAGAAUUCUUUGAAAUUCCCAUGAACUUUGUGGAUCCGAAAGAGUAUAACAUCCCUGGGCUGGUGCGGAAGAACCGGUACAAAACCAUCCUUCCCAACCCUCACAGCAGAGUGUGUCUGACCUCACCAGACCCUGAUGACCCUCUGAGUUCCUACAUCAACGCCAACUACAUCCGGGGCUAUGGUGGGGAAGAGAAGGUGUAUAUCGCCACUCAGGGACCCAUCGUCAGCACAGUUGGCGACUUCUGGCGCAUGGUGUGGCAGGAGCACACGCCCAUCAUUGUCAUGAUCACCAACAUCGAGGAGAUGAACGAGAAGUGCACCGAGUAUUGGCCGGAGGAGCAGGUGGUGUACGACGGCGUGGAGAUCACUGUGCAGAAAGUCAUCCAUACUGAGGAUUACCGGCUCCGGCUCAUUGCUCUCAGGAGUGGGACAGAAGAGCGAGGCCUGAAGCAUUACUGGUUCACAUCCUGGCCCGACCAGAAGACCCCAGACCGGGCCCCCCCACUCCUGCACCUGGUGCAGGAGGUGGAGGAGGCAGCCCAGCAGGAGGGGCCCCGCUGCGCCCCCAUCGUCGUCCACUGCAGUGCAGGGAUUGGGAGGACUGGCUGCUUCAUCGCCACUAGCAUCUGCUGCCAGCAGCUGCGGCAGGAGGGCGUGGUGGACAUCCUGAAGACCACGUGCCAGCUCCGUCAGGACAGGGGCGGCAUGAUCCAGACGUGUGAGCAGUACCAGUUCGUGCACCACGUCAUGAGCCUCUACGAGAAGCAGCUGUCCCGCCAGUCCCCCGAGUGA